AUGAGCAUACUAUAAGAACAAAAUAAUCAAGUGGAAGAGGACGAAUAGCCUCAAAUUUUAGAAUAGCAAUAAUUUUCUUUGAAGGACAACUUAGUUUCAUUGAGAGAGAUGAAUGCAAUUAUAAAUUAAAAUUUUGAUAAAAACCUUUACCAAGACGAAUUUUAAAAAAAGCUUGAUUAUGAAGACAAAGCUUUGAGCUAAAAUAAAUUUAGUAGCCCAAUCAAAUAAACAAAAAGUAAAUAGCCAAGUGAAAAAUCAGCUUAUUGGGAAACAUCAUACGCCUAAGUUAAAAAUGCUUAUAUGAAUGCAAACGAUUUAGAUGAAGAGGCUUAAAAUCUUAAAAUAAAUUUAUUAGAUAGCAUUAAAAGAAUGAGGGAAUAAUACGAUUAAAAAGUUAUUAACUUUGAUGAAAAUCCUAACCAAUCAUUUAGUUAGAGUCCAUAAAAAGAAAAAAAAGGGAUAAUAUUUGAAAGUAUGCAGCAAGAAAAUAAUUUCUUAAAAGAUAAAAUUAAAAAAUUGGAAUAAAAAAAUUAAUAAUUGAAAAUCCAAUUAAAGAAUUCAGAAAAAAUUUAAAAUGAAUACAUUGAUAAAUUUCUAGUUUAAGAGCGGAAAGACCUCAAAAAGAUGAUUUCUUAAUACAAACAAUUUUUAGAUAAACUGUUGAGUGAUAAGCAAAAACUAACAGAAACAAAUAGAAAAUUGAAAAAUGAAAUUUAUUAUUUAAAUGAAGAAAAUUAAAAAUAUUCAGAAAUAAAUAAAAAAUUAUCUAAUGAAAUAAACUAUUUAAUAGAAAGAUAUUCUAAGGCAUUUGCAAAAGAGGAACUAGAAGCUGAUGAACAUUACGAUAGUGAAUAUAUUAAAAUGAUUAAAAUGGACCAUUCUGAAAAUAUUGAGUCUGUUAAAAUGCAGUAAAGUUCAGUCAGAAAAUCAUCAAAUAGUGUCAACAGUGCAAAUUAGGCAAAAAAAAGUUUACUCGAAAAUCUUAAUUAAAUAUUGAACUCCACAAAUAUUAACAAAGUAGAAAAAUCUACAAAAUAAUAACCAGUUCAGCUAGCAUAAGAACCUAAUGAAAUAGGAGAAUUAUAAGAUUUUAAAUAAGAUUGA